UUUCUGCCCUCUCUCUGCCCAGACAAUCUCAAAAUCAAACCUGAAACACUCCGAUCACCAGAAAUUCAACGCAACCUACUUUAUAAUUCUGAGAUCGCAUUCUCCUGCUUCUCCCUCCACCAAUGUCAUAUUUUGAGUAUCUCGCCGGGGCUGUCAUGACUUUCUUUCUACUCUUGAAUGCCGUCAAAGCCGACCUUGCAGCAGACAAAGCUGUCCUCCUAGCUCUCCGUACCGCCGUCAGAGGCCGGACACUUCUCUGGAACACUACAGAAUCAUCCCCAUGCAAAUGGGUUGGAGUGCAAUGUAGAAAUAAUAGAAUAUCGGAACUGAGGUUACCUGGUAUGGGUCUGACCGGUAAUUUACCGGAUAAUACAAUCGGAAACUUAACUCAGUUAGUCACAUUGAGUCUCCGGUUCAAUGCAUUAUCCGGAUCACUCCCUUUGGAUCUUUGGUCUUUAACUAAUCUUCGAAAUCUUUAUCUUCAGUCCAAUGAAUUUUCCGGUCCAAUACCUUCAUUUCUUUUUUCUUUGAAGAAUUUAGUUCGGCUUAGUUUGGCUUCGAAUAAUUUUUCGGGGCCUAUUUCAAGUGAUUUUAGUAAGUUGAACCGAUUAGGUACUUUGUACCUGGAGAAAAAUCAGCUUAUUGGUGAAAUUCCAAAUCUAGAUUUUCCGGGAUUAGUUCAAUUUAAUGUUUCUGAUAAUCUGCUGGUCGGUAAUAUACCUGAGAAGUUGUCGAGUAUGCCGGAGAGUGCGUUUGUUGGGAAUGCUUUAUGUGGACGGCCCCUUAAGUCUUGUAAUGGGAAUGGUACAAAAAAUAAGUUUAGAUUUUCUGUAGGCAUGAUUGCUGGAAUAAUCGCUGGAUCUGUUGUUGUGGUUUUGGCUAUUUUGGUGGUUUUGUUUUUGGUUUGUCGUACAAGGCGUGGUAUAAAAGAGGAAGUGAGGGUUUAUAGGUCAAGUAAAGAAACUGAAGUGGCUAAGAUUAAUAAAGAGAAGAAUGCCGAGGAUGAAGAUAAUUUGAGUAGUACUUAUCCAGGAUUGAAUGAAAAAGUAGGGAGUGCAUCGGGGAAGAAAUUGGUGUAUUUUGGUAAAACGGAGAAGGGUUUUGAUUUGGAAGAUCUUCUGAGAGCUUCUGCUGAGGUGUUGGGGAAGGGGACAUUCGGGACAGCGUAUAAGGCCAUUUUUGAUACGGGAAUGGUGGUGGCUGUGAAGAGAUUAAAAGAGGUGGCGGUGCCUGAGAAAGUAUAUAGGGAGAAGAUUGAGGCUGUCGGUAAUAUGAAUCAUGAGAAUCUGGUGCCUUUGAGGGCAUACUACUAUAGUGUUGGGGAGAAUCUACUUGUUUAUGAUUACAUGCCAAUGGGGAGUUUAUCUGCACUUUUGCACGGAAACAGAGGUGCUGGCAGAACUCCCUUGAACUGGAAAACACGAACAGCAAUUGCUCUUGGUGCUGCCCGUGGUAUUUCAUACAUUCACUCACAAGGGUCAACUUUUUCCCAUGGAAACAUUAAAUCAUCAAAUAUCCUCCUCACUACGUCAUAUCAGGCUUGCUUGUCUGACAUUGGCCUUGCUCAACUGGUUGGGCCCAACACCAGUCCCAACCGUCUUGAUGGCUAUCGAGCACCAGAGGUAACUGAUGCUCGCAAAGUCUCUCAGAAAGGAGAUGUCUACAGUUUUGGUGUGCUACUAUUGGAGCUACUAACAGGCAAGGCUCCUACUCAUACCUUCUUAAAUGAAGAGGGUGUAGAUCUGCCACGGUGGGUACAAUCUAUUGUCAAGGAAGAGUGGACAGCUGAGGUUUUUGAUGUUGAGAUCCUUAAGUAUGAACAUGCCGAGGAGGAUAUGGUUCAGCUUCUGCAGCUUGCUAUCUCUUGUUCUGCUCAAUAUCCUGAUAAACGUCCCCCAAUGACUGAGAUAACACAGAAAAUUGAGGAGCUUCAUGUCUCCAGUGUAUAACAAGAGCCUGGAAAUGACAUAAUCAAAAUGAGUUCGAGUGCACCACCACCUUCUGUUGCAGUCUACCGGAGAUUGAUCAAUUAUGAGAUUUCUGCAUAUAUAUGAUUUCAGUUAAAGAUUAUUUUGUUUUUCUUCAAGCUGUUCGCUUAAAGCCAGAGUCCUCUGUGCAUUUUUGUUUCUCUUAUCUGCCCAUUGUUAUCCUUUCAGAAAUAUUGUAUUUUACCAAGUGAUUUUGAGUGUACCAUUGUACAGAGAGGCCAAAUGUUAUUCGUUGAA